GAAAUUACACUUGGUGCACCAGUUAGUUCAGCAAGUACAACUGUGACGCUUCUUGGCUCAAAUAUUGGUCCAUUAAAAUGGCGUGCAGCUAGUGAAAGUGGUGGAAUCAUUAUUGAUAUAUCAAAUAUAAAAAUGUAUUCACUUGCAAGUGAUUGGACAUGGGUAUUUAAAUUCGAACAUAUUAGCAGUGUUAAAUCAAAAAUAAAGAAACAUGAAACAUUAUAA